AUGAAUCCAGAACAAACUAAUAUAGAAUGUGAAACUCCGCCAAGUAUAGAAGAGAAAGAAGAAGAUUCUGUCGAUUCUGAUAAUACUCUAAUAGAAACCAGAAACAUCGAAGUGAGUUUUGGUGCCUUGGAAGUGUUUAAAGAACGCACCAAAUAUGUCGAGUUUCAACGACCCAUGACAGACGAAGAUAUAACCUAUACCAUCAAAAAAAGUGCAUUGCCAAGAACAAUUAUUAAAUCCUCCUUUGAACUGGAGCACCACAAAGGAGAAUUGAAACCAAAUCAAAAUUUCAGAUUAGGCAUUACCUAUAAACCUACCGUGGUUGGUAUAGAAGAUACUGCAGUUUAUCAAUAUACUGAUAGCGAUGAUGAACUUAUCAGAAUAACAUUAAAUGGAAUUGCCAAAGGUCCGAGCUGUCGCAUAUCAGUUGAUAAAUUGGAAUUUUACAUAAUCCCUGAUCGGAAAAUCACACAACGUAAACUUGAAGUCAAUAACACUUCAUCCGCUACGGCUUUUUUUAAAAUUGACAUUGCUCCUAAUGAUAUUUUUAAUAUUUUUCCUACAGAAGGUAUUAUUACACCAAAUAAACACGGGCACAUAACUAUUAAAUUUUGCCCGAGAAGAACUGGAUUCUUUGCUCGAAAAUUGUUUAUUCUCAUCUGGAACGCGACACCUCUCAUAGUUGAACUUCUUGGAAUAAAUGGAGUAGAUGUUGACUUAUCAAAUACCCCUUUAACUUACCUUAAUCAAUGUUCAUAUGGACUUAAAGCCUAUCUGGAAGACCAAAAUAAAGCAAAACAUCCUUUUGAAAUCCACCCGCAAUAUUUAAAUUUUGGAAGCGUCAUGGUAAACGAGACAGAACCAUUGAAAAAGGUUACAAUGUUUACCAACCGCUUAAACCGUUCAAUAUUUAUGGAUUGGAAUUUAGAUACAAAAUCUAGCAUUUUCACUGUGAAACCCAAAAAUGCGAAAAUAAACUCGAACAAAACUGCAACGUUUGAAGUACAAUUUAAACCAGAAAUAUGUGAUAGUGUUUAUCAAGAAACAAUGAUGGCUCAAAUAUAUUGGAAACCGGAAAGAAAAAGUACCAUAGAGGAAUUGCCUGUUCCUUCAACUUGUAAUUUGAGAGUUCAAGGGUAUUCUUUUCCAAAAAACGAAAUAUGGAUUAGUUACAUCAAGGUACUACCCAAAGCAGUUCAUUGGCAACCUUGCUCGCCUGGUGAAGUAGUUUUUACGACUUUCUUAUUGCAAAAUUGUACUGAUUUACCUGUGCUAUACUCAUUGAUACCACCACUGAAAACAAAUAUCAUAGCAAAACCAAUGAUGGGAAAAUUUCGAAAAAAUGAAAUAAUUGCUGUGCAACUUGAAACAGAAAAAGACACAGUGAGGACAUACAUUGAAGAAUGGACAAUUGUCCUUAACGACAGAGAUGAUCAGCGAUUGGAGAUUUAUUUUCAUGGCGAAACUUGUAUUCCCAUUAUAGAAAUUGGUGAUAAAAAUAAAAUAAAUGCUGGUAAUGUCCAAGACGGUUCUCAGAAGGAAAUUGAAGUUCUCAUGCAAAAUAAAUCAUUCAAUAGAAUUAAUUUUCGAUUUAGUUUAAUAAAGCAAACGAUUCUUAGGCUUGAACCAAUGUCCGGUAUACUGCCUGUUAACCAAUUGUCGACAUUAAAAAUUACUAUUAUUGGCAGUGAAUGUGCACCUAAAAAAGAAACAUUUGUAUGUGAAACCCGGUUCAUUAAUAGUGAUGGUUCUAUUUCAGAGGUAAGCCACAAUAUCGACGUAGAUCUUCACUGUCAGAUCUCCUUUUCUGAAUUAUGUGCUUGUCCAAGUUUUAAAGAUUGCGGACGGUAUCCUUUUGGACACAAACUCAAAGUUAAUUUCGAAGUUAUCAAUUUAGGAGAGACAACUAUAUUUUUCCAAAUGUGCCAAACUGGAGAUGAAUCUGCCGAUGACAAUUUCCGUAUUAAACCUUAUUACGGCGAAGUAAUCCCCAAGGAAGCUAAGCAUAUUAUUGUUACUGGAAUAAUAUCCAAAGUUGGCAAUCAAACAGUGGAAUUUGGAUACUAUAACAGAAUGGUCAGAGAUUCUCCAUUCGUCACUGGAGUGUCCAAAAAAAUAUUUCAUUUAACAUAUCAAUCAGAGCUUCCUAUAAUACAAAUUGAGCAGAUAGUCGAACAUAAUUUUGGAGAGCUUUUUGGAAAACUUGACCUAUACAAACAUUAUUUGGAGAUUCCUAGAACUAACCAGAUUUUACGGGAAAUCCAAAAUGACCAAACAGUACAAAUACAUUUGCGUUUUCCAGAUUUUCAAGUCCAGGAAAAGGAAUUUUAUAUCAAAUUGGCCUUAACAAAUAUUUCCGAUUUUGAUGUUAAAGUUAACCUGAAAAGGAAAAAAAUAUGCGACUGUGAGCUUACGGAAAUUUCAACUGGAGCCAUAUCAAAAAGAAAAAAGGGUUUUAGUUGUCCGCAUCGGCUUUGUUUGAGCAUGGAUUUUGAGUCCACCCAGUUUCCUGCUAAAACUACAAGAUUUUUGUCGAUAAAAGUCAACUAUCAAAUGCUCGAAGAUAUCGAAUUGUGUUAUGUCUUAGAGCUUAGCUGCAGGCGAGUUAUCGAAUUUUACUUCAAAAUCCCUGUUAUACUUCCUGACACUCCCAAACUUUCAACAUACACCAGAGAUUUUUCAUUUUCUUUGGAACAUGUUUAUUUGGGCACUAGAGUAGCUCCAAUUCAGAUAUUUUGGCUACGCAAUAAUACGCAAAAUUUAUUGCACUAUAAAUUUAACACUAAAAAUAUUGAGCAAAUGUGCAGAAUAAAUGGGUUUCCAGUCCUUGAAAUAUUGAACCCUUGCGAUCAGAUUUAUCCCAAUAAAAAUAAGGCUUUAUUGGUAAGAUUUCUUCCAAUUGAAAGUAAAAGUUAUUUUGUUACUAUCAAUGUCGAAUACUAUUUUCCUAGUAGGAAUACUAGUGGUUGGUCUAAGUUCCUAAUUUUGGGCAACGGAGUUAUGGAACAAGAAUUUCAGUCCAGUGAAAUUGAAACGAUGCCAAAAGUGUGUAAUUUUAUAGGAAACUUUCCUGCAACUUUGUCAGUUGAUUAUAUCGAUGCAAAUAUAAUUCCUACAUUUAGUAGAAAAAAGGAACUAAUUUUUAUUACAAACAAUUCCCGUGACAGAAUACUUCAAUGUGAAUGGAUUACUGUAAAAAUUGAUGACUUGAUUGAAAUAUCUGCUCGACCCAAUAGUUUCAGACUGUUACCAAAUGAUGUUCUACCUGUGGAAAUCAUUAUAACAUCAUUUUCACAACCAUGUAGGGCUAAAUUUGUUUUACCAUGUAAGCUCAUGUAUUACUUAGACAUAGUUGAUAGUGAUGCUGCUUGUUUGAAGAAGGAAGAAAUUAAUACCGAAGGUGUGAUUAUGGAAGCUUGUAGGUCUCGACAACAAAUGUAUAUUGAAAAGGUGCGUCUAAAGCAAGAAUAUUGUGAAUAUGCUUCUGUAACUAUCAGUAUUCAAAUGGUCCAUUCCAAAGAUCUCGAUGAAAGUAUGAAUAUGUUCAAGCAACUCAAACGAUAUCCGAAUCAGUGUUUUGGUUUGGCUUUAGAGUUUCCAAUAAGAGAUAGUUCAGGACCUGAUAUUAGAGAACGCAAACUUUUUGGUGAGAUAAUCGAAGACAUUAUUUCUGAUGCCUUGUUUGGGAGUUCAUUGAAAAAUUUACUAGAAAAAUCCAUUAAAACUCCCAUGAACACAUAUAACGACUUUACCAUUGACGAUAAAGCGAAUGCUCCAUCGACCAGUGAGGGAAUAGAGUUUUACAGGAAACGUGAGACAGAGAAUUUUUUCAACCAACUAAAAUUAACCGAACAGUCGGAUAUUUUGGAAGGUGUUAUAUUUGAUAGCAUAAAGCAGAUAUUUGAGUCUAACAAAAAGAAAAAUGAUUUGGAUAUAGAUGAAAGGAUAUAGAGAUUGAGGGUAAAUGUAUUGAUAAUAAGAAAUCCCGACGAGAGAAGGUAUUUUAGACCGAACAAAUUAAAUUUUAAUUUAUUAUUUAAAGUGUAUGCUUAUUUAGAUAUAAAAUCUUAAAAGAGUAACGGAAUUUUA